GGUACUGUGUUUGCUUACGGCCAAACAGCCAGUGGAAAAACAUAUGCAAGUAUUAAAUAAGCAGUGUUUUGUGUAUAAACAAAUCAUUAACUAAUUUUUUUCCUUUUUUAGACUAUGAUGGGUACCGAAAAGGAACCGGGAGUUAUACCUCGUGCUGUAAAAGAAGUAUUCACGUAUAUUGAGGAGAAUACCACGGGUAGAGAAUUCUUGUUACGAGUUUCAUACAUGGAGAUCUACAAUGAGAAAAUCCAAGAUCUUUUGAACCCCCGAAAUACAAAUCCCGAAAUUGUAGAAGAUAAAAAAGGUGUUCGAGUGCGUAAUUUACGUGAGAUCAUUGUCAAGACUGCUCUGGAGGUGAUGAAUUGUAUUCGAGAAGGCGAAGAAAACAGACACAUCAGCGCUACGGAUUACAAUGAACACAGUAGUCGAUCCCACACCAUCUUCCAAUUCAUCAUUGAAAGUAGGCUCAAGGGAAUAUCAACAAACACUAAAAAAAGUGUCAGAUGUUCUCAGUUGAAUUUGAUCGAUCUGGCUGGUUCUGAAAAAGUAGCUACCGAUAUCGAACGAAGAAAAGAAGGUGGUUAUAUCAACCGCAGCCUUUUAACUUUAGGCAGUGUUAUAUCCAAGCUCACAAGCGAAGAGCCCUCAUCCCACAUCCCUUAUCGUAACUCCAAAUUGACACGUAUCUUGCAGUCGGCUCUGUCUGGUAAUGCACGUAUCUCUGUCAUUUGUACUAUCAACCCUACCUUCAAAUCCAAAGACGAGUCUUUAAAUACGCUUCGCUUUGCACAACGCACAAAGCUUGUAAAAACGGCUGCCAAAAUGACGCGUAUUGUGGAUAAUUCUGAACUUCAAAAUUGCCUCAUCAAAAUUGCUGAAUUGCAAACAAAGAUGCAAGAAAAAAAUGACCUGGAAGCAGAAACAAGGGAACGCCUUAAGAACUUAUUAGGGCUUAUUUUAACAAGCACAAAGGAUGAAAAUCCUGAUCAAACUGAGAUGUCCGACUAUUUCUCAAAUAUAUCUCCUGAUGAUAUGAUGAAGGAGUCCACUAUGCGUGAUGUUGUAGCUCGUUGUGAAGAAGGCUUCAAUGCUCAAAUUACCACUCACCAAAAUAAAAUUGAUAAAAUGACUUUAAAGGUCGAGCAACUGCAAGACAUGUUGAGUAUCAUGGAGUCCUUGAAUGACAAAAAAGAUGAUAUAAUAUCUAAAAAAGAUGCUCAGAUCGAAAAACUUCAACAAGAAAUGACAUCUUUACAGCAACAACGACAGCAACCACAGCAACGCCAACAGCAUACUACCAGACUUACACCACCACACCCCAAAGAAUCCAUACAGCUCAAAGGCCUACGAGCUGAAGAAAAUGAAGAUUCACGACCUAAUAAGACUGUAUCUUUAUUUGUUAAAAAAUUUGUAUCAAAAAUCCCCAAGGAGAGCUCGUUAAUUGCAAGAACUGAAGAAAAAGAAACUCAGACUGAUGUCAAGUUAGAGCUUCAAGUCUGCCAAGCUUUCGGUAUGGAACCUGAAGUAUCUCAAGCUUCCCCCAUGGAACUUGAAGUAUGUCCUGCUUUCGAUGCGGAACCUGAAGUAUCUCAAGCUUCCCCCAUGGAACUUCAAGUCUGUCAACCUUUUGGUAUGGAACCCGAAGUAUGUCAAGCCGUUGAAACCAAGCAUGAAGUAUGUCAAGUUGCUGAAGAACCUGAAGCAUAUCCAGUUGAUGCAUCUCAAUCUGGCGAAGCAGAACUGGAAGUAUGUCUAGUUGACGAAGAAUCUGAAGCAUGUCAAACGGAAUCAGAGUUAGAGGUGCAAGAGUUAUCUGUAUCUAUGUGCCCAGAUACUCCCAAAGCAUCUGACACAUGUGAGUCGAAAGCAACUCCAUCUUCACUCACCACGAUUAAAGGGGAUGCUAAGCCUCAAACAUUUGAUAUACCCACACAAACCAGCAUUACAUCAUUAUCAUCAUCUUCACUUAUACCCAUUCAUGAAGCAAUUUCGUUUAUUGAACCUAUAUACCACCACUCACCAACCGACGAAAUUGCGAUUGUGGACGAAGAUACCCUUACGGAAUUACCGGAGCUUGUACACGAACAAAAGGAAGACACCUACGUUCCUUAUUCCGAAUCCAUCCGCCAACCAUUCCCAUUUUCCUUCAUGGUUAAUCGUUAUACGGUCUUCUGUACCAUCAUGUAUUUUAUGGUACAGUUGAACGUAUAACGGUUCAACCAUGACUUUUUAACCACGGCAAGUUUUGCCGUGGUUGUUAUAAUUGUAAAUAAAAAAAAACUUUCGGUUUUGUUUAAA